AUGCCUUCAUUCACCGAUCCCUCGAGCCGGCCGCAUCCCCGCCAUGACUUGUUCCCAACUCAACUUCUCUUCCUCCUCGAUAUCCCACCGCCGCCGCCAACCGCUGCCUCGCUGCUCAAUUGCUCAAUUGCUCAAUUGCUGCAGCUUCAUCUGUUCCGAGCCCCGUCCAAUUGGUUGUGUUCUGCGUUCCGGGUCUCGAGUAGAAAUUCUUCUGGGGACUCGGACAGCGCGUCUGCCUGCCCUUUCUCCCAUCCGCGCCCACCUGUUCCCUUCUAUCCGACAACCCCAAUCACCGCGAAACCCCCCUUCACAAUGACGAGUUUCUUCUCAGGCUUCCCUCCAGGACAGCAUGAGUCUGCCGUGGACGAUCUGGCGGAAGACCAUAGCCACCACCCCGCCCAUCACUCCGUCCAUGGCAGACUGCGUGCUAAUUCCACCAUCAUGCAAUUCAACAAGAUCCUCGUCGCCAACCGUGGGGAAAUCCCUAUUCGAAUUUUCCGUACGGCCCACGAACUUUCGCUUCAAACCGUCGCGGUCUACAGCUACGAGGACAGACUGAGCAUGCAUCGCCAGAAGGCAGAUGAGGCCUAUAUCAUCGGCAAGAGGGGUCAAUAUACCCCUGUGGGUGCCUACCUUGCGGGCGAUGAGAUUAUCAAGAUCGCCGUCCAGCACGGCGUUCAUCUCAUUCAUCCCGGAUACGGCUUCUUGUCCGAGAACGCCGAGUUUGCCCGGAAUGUUGAGAAGGCUGGGUUGGUCUUCGUGGGACCGACUCCGGACACCAUCGAUGCGCUGGGAGACAAGGUUUCAGCCCGACGCCUAGCCAUUAAAUGCGGUGUCCCCGUCGUCCCCGGUACCCCCGGCCCCGUCGAGAGAUUCGAAGAGGUCAAGGCAUUCACGGAUCAGUAUGGCUUCCCCAUCAUCAUCAAAGCUGCCUUUGGUGGUGGUGGUCGCGGUAUGCGAGUGGUCAGGGAACAGGAGACCCUGCAGGAUGCCUUUGAACGUGCGACCUCGGAGGCCAACUCCGCGUUUGGCAACGGCACCGUUUUCGUAGAACGAUUCCUGGACAAACCAAAGCACAUUGAAGUGCAGCUGCUUGGCGACAACCAUGGCGAUAUCGUCCACCUGUACGAGCGCGACUGCAGUGUCCAACGUCGUCACCAAAAAGUCGUCGAAGUUGCGCCCGCCAAGGAUUUGCCCGUCGAUGUCCGCGACAGCAUCUUGGCCGACGCCGUGAAGCUUGCCAAGUCAGUUAACUACCGCAAUGCUGGCACCGCGGAAUUCCUUGUCGACCAACAGAACCGCUAUUAUUUUAUUGAAAUCAACCCCCGCAUCCAGGUCGAGCAUACCAUUACUGAGGAAAUCACCGGAAUUGAUAUUGUCGCCGCCCAGAUCCAGAUCGCUGCGGGUGCUUCCCUGGAACAGCUAGGCUUAACGCAGGACCGCAUCUCAACUCGCGGCUUCGCCAUCCAGUGCCGUAUAACAACAGAGGACCCCACCAAAGGCUUCUCCCCUGACACCGGCAAGAUUGAAGUUUACCGUUCUGCUGGCGGGAACGGUGUGCGUCUGGAUGGAGGCAACGGCUUUGCUGGAGCCAUUAUCACCCCGCAUUACGAUUCUAUGUUGGUCAAGUGCACUUGCCGUGGUUUCACCUAUGAGAUUGUACGACGCAAGAUGCUUCGUGCCCUUAUCGAGUUCCGCAUCCGGGGCGUCAAGACCAAUAUCCCAUUCUUGGCAUCGGUUCUGACGCAUCCAACCUUCAUCGAGGGUACCUGCUGGACCACCUUCAUUGACGAUUCGCCCGAACUAUUCUCUAUGAUUGGUAGCCAAAACCGUGCCCAGAAAUUGCUCGCCUAUCUUGGCGACAUUGCCGUCAAUGGUAGCAGCAUCAAGGGCCAGAUUGGCGAGCCUAAGUUCAAGGGUGAUAUCAAUAUGCCCACCAUCGUUGAUGAGAGUAACGAGCCCGUUGAUGUAACUGUUCCUUGCUCGCAGGGAUGGAAGAAGAUCAUUGAUGAACAAGGUCCAGCUGCUUUCGCCAAGGCUGUUCGUGCCAACAAGGGCUGUUUGAUCAUGGACACCACAUGGCGAGAUGCCCAUCAGUCGUUGUUGGCUACCCGUGUGAGAACGGUUGAUUUGCUGAACAUUGCCAAGGAGACCAGCUAUGCUUACAGCAAUGCCUACAGUUUGGAGUGCUGGGGAGGUGCGACCUUCGACGUGGCUAUGAGAUUCUUGUAUGAGGAUCCGUGGGAUCGGUUACGGAAAAUGAGAAAGGCGGUGCCCAAUAUUCCAUUCCAGAUGUUGCUUCGUGGUGCGAACGGGGUUGCAUAUUCUUCGCUCCCCGAUAAUGCCAUCUAUCACUUCUGUAAACAAGCCAAAAGAUAUGGCGUUGAUAUAUUCCGUGUUUUCGAUGCUUUGAAUGAUAUCGACCAGCUCGAGGUUGGGAUGAAGGCCGUUGCCGCCGCUGGCGGCGUUAUUGAAGCUACUAUUUGCUACAGUGGCGACAUGCUGAACCAAAGCAAGAAAUACAAUUUAGACUACUACCUCGCCCUAGUUGACAAAAUUGUCAAGAUCGGGACCCAUGUCCUUGGUAUUAAGGAUAUGGCGGGUGUGCUGAAGCCCCAAGCUGCUACCCUUCUUGUUGGAGCCAUCCGCCAGCGAUACCCAGACCUUCCUAUCCAUGUGCAUACCCAUGACUCCGCUGGUACCGGUGUUGCAUCUAUGGUAGCCUGCGCCCAGGCUGGUGCUGAUGCCGUCGAUGCCGCUACCGACAGCAUGUCCGGAAUGACGUCUCAACCCAGCGUGGGUGCCAUUAUUGCAUCCCUCGAAGGCACAGACCUCGACCCCAAGCUCAACAUUCGCAAUAUCCGCGCAAUCGAUUCAUACUGGGCACAAUUACGUCUUCUCUACUCACCAUUCGAGGCUGGCCUGACAGGUCCAGACCCAGAAGUGUAUGAACACGAGAUCCCCGGCGGGCAGUUGACCAAUUUGAUCUUCCAAGCCCACCAGCUCGGCCUGGGUGCCCAAUGGGCUGAAACCAAGAAGGCAUAUGAGCAAGCCAAUGACCUGCUCGGCGACAUCGUCAAAGUCACCCCGACGUCGAAGGUUGUUGGUGACCUGGCCCAGUUCAUGGUCUCCAACAAGCUGACUCCGGAUGACGUUAUCGCCCGCGCCGGCGAACUUGACUUCCCGGGCUCCGUUCUAGAGUUCUUCGAAGGUCUCAUGGGCCAGCCGUACGGCGGCUUUCCUGAACCACUCCGAUCCCGCGCCCUCCGUGAGCGCCGCAAGCUCAACGACCGGCCAGGCCUGCACCUGGAACCGCUCGACCUCGCCAAGAUCAAGAACGACCUGCGCGAGAAGUUCGGUACCGCCACCGAAUGCGAUGUCGCCAGCUACGCCAUGUACCCCAAGGUGUUUGAAGACUAUCGCAAAUUCGUCGCGAAGUACGGCGACCUCUCCGUGCUACCGACAAAGUACUUCCUCGCUCGACCGCAGAUCGGCGAGGAAUUCUCCGUCGAACUGGAGCAGGGCAAGGUGCUUAUUCUCAAGCUCCUGGCCGUGGGGCCGCUAUCCGAGCAGACCGGGCAGCGCGAGGUGUUUUAUGAAAUGAACGGCGAGGUCCGGCAGGUUUCUGUGGAUGACAACCUUGCUGCGGUCGACGACGCGAGCAGGCCCAAGGCGGAUCUGAGCGAUAGUAGCCAGGUUGGCGCGCCGAUGAGUGGUGUUGUCGUUGAGAUCCGCGUGCAUGAUGGGUUGGAGGAAAUGGUGAUCUCCGCCCCGCAUCACGGCGUCGUAUCUAACCUUGAAGUUAAGGAGGGAGACUCAGUGGAUGGGCAGGACCUCAUCUGCAAAAUUGUGAAGGCGGCCUAA